ACGCUUUAACGUGCUCGUUAGAGAGAGAGAGAGAAGAAGAAGAAGAACCAAACCAAAAAAGUGAAAAACCAAGACCCUUUAGAGAGAGAAACCAAGAGGGUAUUAAAUGCGCGCGCAGAGACCCCAACCACCAUUUUCAGCUGAUCAGAGACGACACUAGUCCAUCCCCUCCCUCAUCUUCAUUUUUCUCUCUACACACUACACACUAGCUAGCUAUGAUGAGAUUCUGAGUAUCUCAAGAUCCGGAGAAAUAAUAAUGUGGAACUCGGCGGAGAACGCGUUUGCGAGGACGGCGUCGUUUCGGGUGGAGGGGGAGGACGAGGAGGCGCUGCGGUGGGCGGCGCUGGAGAGGCUGCCGACGUACUCCAGAGUCCGACGUGGCAUUUUCAAGAACAUCGUGGGAGAUACCAAGGAGGUUGACGUCAGCGAGCUGGAGGCUCAGGAGCUGAAGCUACUGCUCGAUCGGCUUGUUAACUCGGCUGAAGAUGACCCCGAGCACUUCUUUGAGAAAAUGCGACUCAGAUUUAACGCAGUAGAUUUGGAGUUUCCGAAGAUCGAGGUGCGGUUUCAGAAUUUGAACGUUGAAGCUUUCGUCCAUGUGGGAAGCAGAGCACUGCCAACUAUUCCGAAUUUCGUAUUCAAUAUGACCGAGGCACUUUUGAGGCAAUUACGGCUAUUAAGGAGCAAGAGAAGCAAAUUAACGAUUUUAGACAACAUUAGUGGGAUUAUAAGACCUUCAAGAUUGACGUUGUUAUUGGGUCCACCGAGCUCCGGCAAGACGACGCUACUAUUGGCUCUCGCCGGACGCCUUGGAACCGGUCUUCAGAUGUCAGGUAGCACAACAUACAAUGGCCAUGGCUUAAACGAGUUUGUGCCGCAGAGGACGUCGGCUUAUGUCAGUCAACAGGACUGGUUUGCGGCGGAGAUGACUGUAAGGGAGACUCUUGACUUUGCAGGACGGUGUCAAGGUGUUGGAUUCAAAUAUGAUAUGCUAGUAGAACUAGCAAGAAGAGAAAAGAUUGCGGGGAUAAAACCCGAUGGUGAUCUUGAUAUAUUCAUGAAGUCAUUAGCUCUUGGAGAGCAAGAGACAAGCCUUGUGGUAGAGUACAUCAUGAAGAUUUUAGGGUUGGACAUAUGCGCUGAUACGUUGGUAGGAGAUGAAAUGCUUAAAGGUAUAUCAGGGGGCCAAAAGAAGCGGCUUACUACAGGUGAAUUACUAGUAGGUCCAGCAAGAGUGUUGUUCAUGGAUGAAAUAUCAACUGGGCUCGAUAGUUCCACUACUUAUCAAAUCAUCAAGUAUCUUAGGCAUUCAACUUGUGCACUUGAUUCCACCACUGUUAUAUCUCUGCUUCAACCUGCUCCUGAGACCUACGAGUUGUUUGAUGAUGUUAUACUUUUGUGUGAGGGCCAGAUAGUGUUUCAGGGACCCCGGGAAGCUGCACUUGAUUUCUUUUCAUACAUGGGGUUUAGAUGUCCCUGCCGAAAGAAUGUGGCAGACUUCUUGCAAGAAGUUAUAUCAAAGAAGGACCAAGAGCAGUACUGGUCCAAUCCUGAUCUUCCAUACCGCUAUAUACCACCAGCAAAGUUUGUUGAAGCUUUUCCUUCAUUUCAAGAUGGGAAGAAUUUGUCUGAAGAGUUGAAAGUUCCUUUUGAUAAACGCUAUAACCACCCUGCAGCUUUGGCGACUUCUCUCUAUGGCAUGAAGAGGAAGGAGCUUCUCAAGACAAGCUUUAACUGGCAAGUACUACUGAUGAAGCGGAAUGCAUUUAUUUAUAUUUUCAAAUUUGUUCAGCUUCUUUUGGUUGCUUUGAUCACAAUGAGUGUCUUCUGCCGGACAAAAAUGCACCAUGAUACAAUUGAUGAUGGAGGCUUAUAUCUCGGGGCACUAUACUUUUCCAUGGUUAUUAUUCUUUUUAAUGGCUUUACGGAGGUGCCAAUGUUGGUGGCCAAGCUUCCAGUGCUUUACAAGCAUAGGGACUUACACUUCUACCCAAGUUGGGUCUAUACUCUUCCUUCCUGGCUCUUGAGUAUUCCAAAUUCACUCAUAGAGUCUGGACUUUGGGUGGCAAUCACAUACUAUGUCAUUGGAUAUGAUCCCGCAAUUUCUAGAUUUUUUGGGCAGUUCUUGGUAUAUUUCCUUCUGCACCAGAUGUCCACAGCUCUCUUUCGUCUUAUGGGAUCCUUGGGUCGAAAUAUGAUAGUAGCCAACACCUUUGGAUCUUUUGCCAUGUUGGUUGUAAUGGCUCUUGGAGGAUUCAUCAUCUCUAGAGAUCAUAUACCAAAAUGGUGGAUUUGGGGUUUCUGGUUUUCUCCUUUGAUGUAUGCUCAAAAUGCUGCUUCUGUAAAUGAAUUCCUUGGACACUCCUGGAACACGGGACAUGGGUAUGAGACCGGUCUUUCAUUAGGUCAGUCAUUACUAAAAGCACGCAGUUUGUUUCCAGAGAGAUACUGGUAUUGGAUUGGUGCUGGUGCUUUGCUUGGCUAUACAGUUUUAUUCAAUUUACUAUUCACAUUCUUCCUUGCUUACCUCAACCCCUUGGGGAAGCAACAAGCUGUUGUGUCUAAGGAAGAGCUGGAAGAGAGAGAAAGGAGAAGAAAAGGGGAAAGUGUUGCUAUUGAGCUGAGACAGUACUUGAAUCAUUCACAGUCACUUAAUGGAAAAUACUUUAAGCAGAGAGGAAUGGUCCUCCCAUUUCAGCCACUUUCCAUGUCUUUCAGCAAUAUCAAUUACUAUGUUGAUGUCCCUCUGGAAUUGAAGCAGCAGGGAAUUCAAGAAGAGAGAUUGCAGCUCUUGGUUGAUGUCACUGGAGCAUUUAGGCCGGGGGUGCUUACAGCAUUGGUUGGAGUAAGUGGUGCUGGUAAAACCACCCUCAUGGACGUAUUGGCUGGUCGAAAAACUGGUGGGGUUAUAGAAGGAAGCAUACAUAUAUCUGGUCAUCCAAAAAGACAAGAAACUUUUGCAAGAAUUUCGGGUUACUGCGAGCAAUCUGAUAUUCACUCCCCGUGCUUGACUGUUGUUGAAUCGCUUCUGUUCUCUGUUUGGCUUCGCUUGCCAUCAGAUGUUGACUUGGAUACACGGAAGGCUUUUGUAGAGGAGGUGAUGGAACUUGUGGAGCUCACUCCAUUAAGUGGGGCACUGGUUGGUUUACCGGGGGUGAAUGGCUUGUCAACAGAACAACGAAAAAGGCUAACUAUAGCAGUGGAGCUGGUCGCUAACCCAUCCAUAGUAUUCAUGGAUGAACCCACAUCUGGGUUAGAUGCAAGGUCUGCAGCCAUUGUGAUGAGGACUGUGAGGAAUAUAGUCAAUACUGGACGUACUAUCGUAUGCACAAUCCACCAGCCUAGCAUAGACAUUUUUGAAUCCUUUGAUGAGCUUCUGUUUUUGAAGCGUGGCGGUCAGCUCAUAUAUGCUGGUCCACUUGGACCCAACUCUUGUGAACUCAUCAAGUACUUUGAGGCAAUUGAAGGAGUGCAAAAGAUCAGGCCUGGAUAUAAUCCUGCUGCAUGGAUGCUUGAUGUUACUUCUUCAACUGAAGAAAUCCGUCUGGGGGUGGAUUUUGCAGAUAUUUACAGAAGAUCAAAUUUGUUUCAACAAAACAAAGACUUGGUUGAAAACCUAAGCAAGCCGAGUACUAAUUCCAAAGAAUUAAACUUUCCAACCAAAUACUGUCAGACAUCAUUUGAACAAUUUCUCACUUGUCUAUGGAAGCAAAAUCUGUCUUAUUGGCGAAACCCUCAGUACACUGCAGUUCGUUUCUUUUACACUGUCAUCAUCUCCUUGAUGCUAGGAACAAUUUGUUGGAGAUUCGGGGCUAAGAGGGAGACCCAGCAGGACUUAUUAAAUGCCAUGGGAUCCUUGUAUGCAGCAAUCCUAUUUAGUGGAGUCACCAAUGCCACUGCUGUUCAACCUGUUGUUUCUAUAGAAAGAUUUGUCUCAUAUCGAGAGAGAGCUGCUGGGAUGUACUCGGCGUUACCAUUUGCAUUUGCUCAGGUUGCAAUAGAGUUCCCUUAUGUGUUUGCGCAAGCGGUCAUCUACUGCACAAUUUUCUACUCCACGGCUGCAUUUGACUGGACACUUUUAAAGUUUGUUUGGUACUUAUUCUUCAUGUAUUUCACAAUGCUAUACUUCACCUUUUACGGAAUGAUGACAACAGCGGUCACACCAAAUCAUAACGUAGCUGCCAUAAUUGCUGCUCCAUUUUACAUGCUAUGGAAUCUUUUCAGCGGCUUCAUGAUUCCUCACAAGAGAAUUCCCGUAUGGUGGAGAUGGUAUUACUGGGCAAACCCUGUAGCCUGGAGUCUGUAUGGCCUGUUUGUUUCGCAGUACGGUGACGAUGACAGUCUUUUGACGCUAGCAGAUGGAGAAAGAACAAUGCCGGUAAGGCAGUUCCUCAAAGUUGGUUUUGGGUACAGGCAUGAUUUCCUAGGUGUAGCCGGAAUUAUGGUCGUCGGUUUCUGCAUACUUUUCGCAAUAAUUUUUGCCUAUGCAAUAAAAUCAUUCAACUUCCAGAGGAGAUGAUGACAAGUAAACAUCAUCUUUAUUUAUUAUACGUGUGAUUAGUUCAUUUCAUUGUAUGAAAACCACAUGAGCUUCUAAUGAACUAUUGAUGAAGUGUGUAUAGCUACAGGUAGAGAACAAAUUAACUGUUGUUUUUAGAGUAUGCAAAUAACAGCUACUGGGUAGCUGGAAAUUCUUAUGUGUAAACGGUAUUCAUGAUUUUGGUA